AUGAACAGGGUCCGGGAUCAACCCGGGAUUGACUUGAAUGUAGUAUUUCGUCCAAGUUGUUCCACUACUACAGUUAGGAUCUCAGACUUUCAGAAAGCGUCAGAUACUCAAAAAGCGCAGACAAGAGCUAAGCAAGAGCUUGAGGAUCAGAAACCGGCACGAAUCCCGCCGUGCCGAACCGGCAAGCAAGAAGAUGUGUCAUCACCUUCCUUUUUGCUCCCGUCCAUGAGCUCUUCUAGUCCUCCUCACCAACGCGUCAAGCUCGAGUCGCCAUCGCCGCCACCAGAAACUCAAGACGAAGACGAAGACAAUUGCAGCAUAUGCCUGCAGCCCCUCGUUGACCGGACCGUCGUUCCUACUUGCUCGCAUGAGUUCUGUUUUGAUUGUCUCGUCGUUUGGACUGGGCAAUCGAGGAAAUGCCCGCUGUGCGCUCAGAUGAUCGGGGAAUACCUAAUUCAUCGGAUCCGGUCGCGGUAUGAUUAUCAAAAACAUUACUUGGCGCCGAACUCGAAGCCCGGACUAUUGCCGUUACGAGCUGCAUCACAACGAGAACCCGAUGUGCGUAGACGAAGGCGUAGGAGGGAAUGGAGAAGACGAGACCAGGACGAAGCCGAUAACCUGGAGAGGUCGAUAGAGAAACCGCGCCUCCAAUAUGUAUACGAAGUACCGGCCGUACCCCACCCAGCACAGUUCGCCGCCAGCCAAGAGAUGGUGAGCAAGACGACGAUGUUUUUGCGGCGCGAGUUGGGGGUAUGGGAUAAUCUGGACGUCGAGUUCUUCACAACAUUCACGAUAUCGCUCAUGAAGUCGAUUGAUAUACGGUCGGAGUCAGCUGUGAAGCUUUUGGCGGAAUUUUUGGACAUUGACACUGGUGGAAGAGUUAUGGAAGAGCACUUUGUACAUGCGUCGUCCAGCAACUUGACUAGUAUGACGUGCCUCCCCAUGUCGACAUUAUCCCAGUGCGAGCAGAGCGUCAUCCCCUUCAGCAGCACGAGCACUAUACCCGGUGACGUGGACGCACCUGCCUCGAUUACCGAUAUCAUUGAACCGCCCAGACCUGCUGACGUGAAGGGGAAAUCAAGAGCUAGUGACGAACCCCUUGGUGAUACCCCGAGUAUUGUUGGACUUCAACCCGAUGUGAAGGGCAAGUCUAGAGGAGAUACCCCUCGUCUCUCUCCAACACCUUCCAACCUACCCGAAACCGCAUGCGCGCAGUCCAAGAAGCCCGUCCGUACUGUCCUGGACUCUUUACGUGCUCAUCUCAGUGCGGCGUCGGCAUCAUCAUCGUCGAGUCCAGCAUUGCUUAAUAGGCUAUCAUCACGAAAUGAGGAUAAGACGAGGGUGAAUAACUCUUCUGAUGCACCCGACUCUCAAUCUUCGAGUGACCGGGAUCAGUCCUCAGCGGAAAAGAAGGAGGCUUGCUGA